AUGCCUAUAUGGCUAGACGGAGGCCCAAAUGAAAGGCAGGAGAAGCAGCGCAUCAAGCUGGCUGUAAAGAAGAACUUUAGAGAGAGAAAGAGCCUCCAGGCACGUCGACUGAGAGAUCACAAUCGGACCGCAAAUCAAGGACAGAGCCUAUCAAGCAUCGCUGAACAAGGCAAUCAAACUGGCAACGCUGCUCAACCAAAUGCCAUCUUAAGAAACGAGCCAUCGCCAAUCUUGACUCCUCAAUCCUUGCAGAGCCGGGUCCUCUCAGGGCAGUCAUUCGCCGAGCCACUUCACUACGAUGAAGCCAGUCUCCUGAUGCACUACCUAGACCAUGUGUUUCCAUACCAAUACCCUUUUUUUGACAAAGCAAGGCUGUCUCGAGGCUGGCUGCUAUGGCUUCUCAGCAAAAAUGGGCCUCUCUAUCGAGCAUCCAUGGGCCUCGCAGCGUUGCAUCAGCGAUCAUUAUUAGGCAAGACAAACAACCAUCAUCUUGAACUAGAGUUCCAUACCAAAGCGGUCAGGCAGUUACAGGACUUUCUUGUGUCCAUUGAUAUCAAUGAGCUGCGGCCUGAGAACGAGACUCUGGUCGAAAUUAUCACUUGCGGUAUCGCUCUCAUCAGCUUUGAGGUCCUUCGAGGCAGUUCAACAGACUGGCAGCCGCAUUUGAGCGCCAUGUCCUCCAUAGCAGCCAUGAUGCAUAAUCAGCCUCGACUUCUGCAUUCUGUAGAUCAGCAUCCUACCCCUCUCUUCGAGGGGAAAGCCAACGCCGCCAUGGCUUUUCAUCUACCGGUCCUGCUUUGGAUGGAUUUAUUAGCCUGUGUAGCCACGCGGGAGGCACCGAAACUUCCAUACGAUGAAUGGCUAGGACCUAACUGCACAUUCCAGCUUGCACAUAUAAUGGGCUGCCACAACUCAGUAAUGAAAGGCAUAGGAGACAUCAGUUUGCAGAAGAAAAAACAAUUGAUUGAAGAUGAACUGGAGAGCGUCAUGGAUACAACCCCUAUGGCCUCAAUGGGAUCUCAAGGAAUCUCUUCCAUGAUCCAAUCAUUCAGUCACAUGAAGUCCGAGCAGCGGCCUGAGCAAGAUUCUGUCACUCGCAUAUUUGCUGCUGCGGCAUUGUCUCAGCUCGCUUCUUUCACUGCCGAGGUCUCAAACAAUAUCUCAAUGACUGUAGUGAGGAGAAGCGUAAGCCGAGUGAUUCUAGAGAUUAAAAUGGCACCCCAAAUAGUGUCCCCUCGGCACCUGAGCUGGCCGAUCUGCGUUGCUGGUUGCCUGGCGGAUCAAGACCAACAGCCAUUCUUUGAAGCCUUGCUGAGCACUGUACUAUCUGAAGGAACUGGUAUGAUAGGGAACUGUGGAACUGUUCGAGAUAUCUUGCGAGCCUGUUGGAGAAAUAAGGCCGAGCAGCCGGAUCAACAGUGGGACUGUAGUAGUACUAUGAAGCAGUUGGAUAUCUACGCCCUUCUCAUAUAA